CGGUCGUGCCGCCAUGCUGCUCGCGAUCAUCGUCUGCGCAGAAAUAUUUCAAGUUUAUGCUGCCAGAUUCAACUAUACCGACCGCAGCAUCAAAGCUAUAGAUCCACUGGACCCCGGGGGCUGCUACCACGAGGGCCGCUGGCACGCGGGCGGCGCGCCGGUGCGCACGCGCGCGGCGUGCCUGCGCUGCACGUGCACGCGCGGCGUGCUCGCGUGCGCGCGCCGGGCGUGCGCGCCGCUGCCUGACCCGCCGCCACGGUGCCAUGUGCUGCAUAGGAAGGGGGCGUGCUGCCCUGAACUGCACUGCCCGGAUGGCGUAAAGUUGAUGGAGCUUGGCGCGUCAGCGCGGUUUGAAGACGAAGACUUCUCGGAGACAAGUUCCAUCGCGUCUGUCGGACAUGCUCGGUUUCCAGCGUGCGUCGAGGGCGGCUCCGUGUUCGGCGCAGGCUCCGCGCUGGCGCCGGGCGUGGCGUGCGAGCAGUGCUUCUGCCUCGGAGGAGCACGCCGGUGCGUGCGGCCCACGUGUCUGCCGCCGCCGAGGGGGUGUGUGGCCCGGCCUGCGCCAGGAGCGUGCUGCCCGCAGAGAUACUACUGCUCGCACGAACCACCAGCUCAUGGGACACACGACUGCAAGGCAGAAGACACGUGGUACAAAGAAGGCGAGCGCAUACUGUCAGCCGAGCGCGCCUGCACGCAAUGCUUCUGCCUGCGUGGCACCGUGCGCUGCCAGCCUCUCUCGUGCGCUCCACCUUUACUGGGCUGCAAGCCGCUGCUCCGGCCCGGCGAGUGCUGUCCUCACCAGUACCAUUGUGAACAUGCCGAUAAAUCUCAUCCGUUACUGUCCAGCAAUUCACUGAUAUCUGUGAGGAAUGACGACCGCUCAUUUCACACGUCAGAGUCAAACAAAAUUGAAACAUCAACAAAAGUAAUAUCUACAACAACGAAAGCAGUUUCUACCUCGAUAUCAAGUACUACAAGAAGUAAAACAGACUCUCCUACGACAUUAGCUACAGAAAAAGCACCUGUCAAUACCAGCAAAGUAAAAAGAAAAACAGAAGAACUACACGCAACAAUCACUAACAACUCAACCCAAAAUAUAACUUCAACAACUGAGUUGCCUUCCACGACAUCUGUAAGUACCACUGAAAGGCUAGUCCGAUCUAAUUUUGAGACUUCAACAAUGGAUUUACCAGAACCAGAAGAUUUGGAUGACCUGGAAGAUUUACCGAGUACGACAUCCACGGAACAACCAGAAGGCUCAGUCAGGAUUGUUAUUAACGGAACUAUCAACUGUACAGCAGAACUCUCUUCAACAUCGUUGCCUUUGAACUUGACAGUCAAUGACACGGAAAGAAUUAAGAUGGAAGCUCAACCUCGAAUACCAAUACUAACGACAGGGAAUAUAGAGAGCCAUACCUUCAACCCUAAUGAUAUUAUAACUGACAGAAGUGUAAACGGAGAAUUCGAUGACAACGAAAUGUUUACCAUUAACGUGACUAGUUCUCUGUCUACUAAUUCUUCCCGUGUUACGUCAGGGCCGUCAAUAUCGACAUUGUCAAAGAUUGCAGUACCGACUGACUUACCUUCGGUCUCAAACAUGUCAAAGAAAACUAAUGAAUUUGAUUUCGAUUAUGCUGAGCCCACGCUGCCUCCAUCUCUACCAAAUUUAAAGAUCAUUCCUUUUGUAGCAGCCGACGCUGUUGUCGACGAAGAGUCUCCAAAAGAAGUGCUCACGUAUCCAAUACUUGAGAGAGAAGACAAAUAUCCUGUAUACUACCCAACGUUAGAAGCCAAAGACACUCCAUUCGCCACAAGACGAGAAGAUAUUUACCAUCCUACGCAAUACCCAGUGUUUACCUCAGAGAAGGUGGACACGUCACAAUACCCCGUUUUAAGUCACGAAGUUGACAUCACUAGUUCUGAUUACCCCACCGCAAAUAAUAACUUGCUACAUGAACUCUCUGCGUCUUUAGGAUCACAUAUUUCGGAAACGAAUAAAGCUGUUACUAAAAUACCAAGUACAAGCACGACAUUUAAGUUGGAAACGCCGUCUAUCAAUUUGUUUUCACCUCCCGUCGAGACAGAAGGUGGAUUUAUACCAAAAGGGCCAGGGAUCAUUGACGAGUACUAUGCAGUAUAUCCAAGCACACCUUCCGCGCCUUCUGUACCACAUCUGACCACGUCAAUGCAACUGGAUACAGCAAAAGAUUGCCUAAUGGCUGACGGGCACCGCGUGCCAGAAGGCACGACCAUGGACCUCAUGUGUUCCGUGUGCUCGUGCACUUGGGGCAAGAUCCACUGCGGCCCCCGCGCCUGCCUCGCGCCCGACGGCUGCUACUACAAUCCCGAACUGCACUCGUCCACGUCAGAUGUCUGCUGCGGUGAACUUGUUUGCGUUGAAGAAAAGGAAACUACAACCAGUACCAAUACUACAACUACUACAGAAAAGAUCUUUGUAAAACCUAUUGAAAAUACAAAUUUCAGUACAAACAAAUCAGUUGAUCAAAUUAAAACAGAAAAUAAAACAGUGGAAGAAACCAAAUUUGUUCCUAAACUAGAAAUUGAAAAUUCUACUAAAGUUGCUAUAACAGUUUUGAAUGAAACAUCUAAAACUGAUAAACAUAACAAGAGCACUACACCGGUGACCUUGAAUACAUCGACAUCAAGCGAAACAGUAUUCACGUCUCCAACAACUUCAACAUCAGCACCUGAGAACCACCCAGAACAUGAGGCCAAUCAAACACACUUCCCUUCUCAAGAUUACGAAGAAGAGGAAGAAGAUGAAGGAUUCUCCUUUGGCAGUGUUCUUAAACUUCUACUCAGCGACAGUUAUGAUACAACUACAGCUGCACCUCAGAAAAAGAAACCCGUUACAACGACCAAAGCACCGCCUACUAGAAUACCUCCAACUCCCAAAGCGUCACUACCUGGAAUGUCUCCAAUUCCCAAUAAAAUGACCCCACCUCCUACUAGACUCCCACCGACCUCUAAUUCUAGAACUACAACUUCUAAAGUGACCACCACUCCACCACCGACGACCCCCAUAGAACCCCCUAAGCCAGCCGUAGCUCCCUUCGUCCCUAUGCCUCACCACUAUCCAUACCCAUACCCGCCUCCAAAAAAGACCUUCCAGCAAAACACAGUGAACCGGAUAGACCACCUCGUACUCGGAGAAGCAACUGCCAUCAGGAAACCAACACCACGUCCUCUGCCCUUCAAACCAGUGUCCCCAAAGCUAACGACACAGAAACCUAAAACUACAACAAGGAAAGAGAUUCAGACAUCCCCGGAGCGAGCUCCAGCGAAUGUGUUGCCUGGAGUGGGGGGUUUGAAACUGGCUGGAUGUAAUAUUUAUGGACGCAUGUACCGAGUAGGCAGGAUCAUAGCGGAGUUGUCGACGCCUUGCCAGGAGUGUCGCUGCACGGAACUUGGAGUGCAAUGCCGACCACUCGCUUGCUGACAUACAUCCUAGCGAUGGCUUGAACCUGCUGUCUCCAACUGAAAAUACCGGUCAAAAUCAAAACCCUCCUUUUGCGUUGCCACUUGCCGUACUCGGGUAAAAAGGAGUAAAUUAUUCAAGAUUAGACCCGUAAAGUUGUCACUCGAAAACGCCUCUUAAAUAAGCCCAUUUUUCGAAAUAUUGGUUGUAAAAUAGAUACAAGCUGAAACAGAUGUUUUAAGGUCAGGAUUAGAUCUUCAAAGUCGGCCAAUCCUCCACACGAAGUUUAACAUUUUUGCAACUGUAUCCACGUUAUUUCGAUUGCACUCUAUGUCUAUACCUGAAAUGUAAAUUAGCAGAAAUUUACAUUUUAAAAGAAGGUUUGGUAUCUUAUACGUAACUGCGUUAGGUUUUAAAUUAUGUAUGUUGGGAAUUGGCCUAAUAUCAAAGUAGGUACCUAAAUUACGAUACUGUUUUAAAACAUUUCAUUUCAGUUGGGGAAUAACUUGACCUGUUAAAAUGGGAAGGCGGGCAUUUUUGUACAGAGAUUAGGGUCGACGGACCAGCUGUAGUUGAUAGUGAAGUUUUAUUUAUUUAGCGAACAUUAUUGCAUUUAUAGCCUCCGGCAAUGAUCUCAUACGUAAAUAGACUCCGUAGCUUUCAUACACAAAGUGCGGCCUAGACGUUUUAUUUAAUAUUGAAAUUAUAACGAUAUAAAACAUGAAAGUACAAUGACAUAAUUAUAGUUUACCAUUUUCUUAUUCAUCACAAAUGUUUAUGCAGGCAAGAUUUUUUUUAUAACCUAAUACUAGAAUACUAUUAGGAUUAUUAGAAAUAUAAAUGCCCUGAGAUUAACCAUAACGAUAAUGUCCUACUGUAAAUUAAUACCUAAGCAAAAUA